AGUCCCUGGUGAUUUUAGUUAAUUCCUGGUUCUGAUUAUCACCCGAUUGUGGAGAGUGCUGACGUCCCAAAACAUCAACAUUAAGAUACUCACUGUUAUUGAAGUUCUGCCAAACUGCGAGGGAGUGAUCUUCUAAAAUGUCUCGAACAGGAAAACCCAAAGCUCACUCGGCUUUGCUUGUCUACUUGACCAAAGCCAUAGAUAGAGAUCUGUUUAAUCAAAUGAAGAACACCGUCAAAACAAAGGAGUAUGGUGGAUUCCUGGCUGGAGAAUUGGAAAAAUUGGACACACCACAAAAAUUACUUGACAAAAUGGAGCACAAAGGGGUGUUCAAAGUGAAAACUCACCCCUCACAUACAGUGGAUUAUAGAAAUCUGAAGAAGGUCCUUGAGCAAUGUGAAAAUGAUGAAAUUCUGACUAAAAUAGAAUCAACCGAGGCUGAGUUGGAAAAAGAAGGUUUUUAUGUGGAGAGAGGAGACCAAGCAGACGCUGGAUGUACUUCAGUAAGUGUAAUGGAAACAAACCGUCCGCUCAACGUGAACAAUUCCCGGAGUGACAGAAGUGAUGCAGUGCCAUCUGGUAUUAGUCUUUCGGAAUCUGGUGAUAAAGUUUUAAAUCCAGAAGAAUGCUAUAACAAAGGCAAAGGAUAUUUAUUGUUUAUAAAUAACUUUGAAAAUUCUGGCGAACCACGACGAAAAGGAAGUGAAAAAGACAAGGACAAAAUUGAAACGUUGUUUGAGGAAGACGGUAGCGUUGACUUGAAUUUUAAAUGUAAUUAUGAGAAGGAUUUGACCAAAACGCAGCUGUUGAAAGUUCUUCACAAAACAAGAGAUAAACUAGCAACGGGGAAGUACUCUAGUUUUGUCUUUAUCCUUGGUAGUCAUGGUAAGCAGGAGGUGGUGAAAGACAACGAGGGAAAAGAAGCUACUGUGGAAGGAAUUGUUACAAUUGAUCAAAAGUUCAUCACAGAGGAGGAACUCACUAAACCCUUCUUGGGAGACGAACUCAAAGCACUCAAUGACAAACCCAAAGUGUUUAUCAUUCAGGCAUGUAGAGCUCCUCGUCGUGACAAAGCGGAUGAUAUGGAGACUAGCUCUAGGGAAGAAACUCCAGAUGAAGCUACCCAAGCAACUUUCAAAAAGCCUGUCAAUGCAGAUAUGCUUAUCUCAUAUGCUACAUCUAAAGGCACCAAGGCUUGGCGAAAUGAUGAUGGGACGUGGUACAUUUCUGAGCUGUGCGAAGGAAUCAAGAAGUAUUCCAGACAGAAGCAUCUUCUGGAUAUUUUGGUGCGUGUCAAUCAUGCCAUAUCGCUUCGGGAAAGUACCGAAGAUGGCGCCAAACAGAUGCCUUGCCAGAUCUCCACACUGACCAAAGAAUACUGGCUGACCAGAUGAGUGUUUAACAUCCACUAAAUGAAAUUAAUAUGAGGCCUGCUCAUUAUUCCUGAUAGCCCCGUUCAGUACUUUCUUUUUCCAUAUAAGUGUGGGAAUUUUAAUAUAUAACAAAAGGCUGUUGCUUUUUCCUGAAUGGUCAGGUUACAUUAGGUUCUGACACCCCUAGUGUAUUCUUCUAAUCCUAACUCUAACCCUAACCCCUAUUGAAUUUUUCUAACCCUAACCUAACCCAACCCCUAAGACUAGCAUGAAAAUCUCAAGGUUUUUUUUUUAAGGGGGGGGGGGGUAAAUAGGCCUACCACUAUUAAACCAUUCCAAUUUUGGGAGAACCAUUACCAAAAUCAUGCUGUAUUCUGAACUAUGAAUUUGUUCUGUAUUCCAUAUUGACCAGUUGCUUCAGAGCGCCAAGAGUGCCACCAGCAUUCACUUGAAAGCUGCAGCAGCAGCAGCACGCAAACUCGGAAGCUUUUUAAAGGUUUAUUUUUCUUAACAAAUAUUAAUACAACUUAAAAUCAUGUGAAUAGUAAAGUUUUUAAAAACGAAAUAUUUUCCUUGCAGUUUAAUCGUGUAAUUUUUUACUUUUGCAACUUAUAAUAGUUUCACUUUAAAAAAGUGUUUUUAAUCAGAUUUUACCAAUUUAUAAGCAUACUAUAGGACUUUUUAGGUAAAAAACCCCAAAUAUUUUUAUGAAAUUAACUCAGCCUGCAUCGAUGUCAAAGUGUGAAGUAAGUUUUUAAAAAACAAAAUGUUUUCCUUGCAGCUUUAUAGUUUCAGUGUUAUUUUACUUCAGAUUUUACCAAUAUUGGAAAUUUAAAAAAAAAAAAAAAAAAAUAACAUAUUUUUUGGAAAUGAACUAAUUAUGAAUGUGAUGUCAACAGUUUUUAAAUUAGAGUUAUAUAAACCCUAACAUGGUGUUAAAACUUUGAAAUAAUCUUGAAAAGAAAAAAAAUUGUUUAAUUGUAUGUUUCUUUAUUUUUUUAUUUUUUUCA